CUUUAUUGUUCUAUAAUGCAUUGUAAUAAUUAAGGAGCUUUUUCCAAAAAUAGAAAAUGGCUUCCACCAGAUUGUUUCCAUACUAUUCAUACAUUAUCCUCUCUCUAACUAUCUGCUUAUUAUGGCUUAAUGCACCCAUGAGUCAAGCUCAUCAACAUCACAGAAAGACGUAUAUUAUAUACAUGGGCGAUCGAACUUACUCUAAUCAUAUCUCUGCUAAAGACUUCUAUUUGGGAAUGUUGAGUACUAUUCUUGAAGGUGUGCCUUCAAAACAUACUUCAGAAUAUCUACUUUACACUUACGAGAACUUCCAAGGAUGCGUCGCAAAACUAACCAAAAAGGAAGCAAAGAAAGCAUCCAGGAUCAAAGGCGUGGUUUCGGUAUUUCCCAACAGGAAGAGCCAUCUUCAUACAACAAGGUCUUGGGAUUUCAUGGGUUUCCCUGAAAAUGUUGAGAGAAGCAUGAUGGAGAGCGAUGUUACUAUUGGAGUAUUUGACACUGGUAUUUGGCCCGAAUCCGAGAGCUUUCGAGAUGAAGGUUUCGGUCCACCACCCUCCAAAUGGAAGGGCUAUUGUCAAACUUGCCAUGAUAACUUCACUUGCAACAACAAGAUAAUAGGCGCACGAUAUUUUCGAGCGAAUGGAGAAUUUACAGAAGAUGACAUAGUAUCACCUCGAGACACAGACGGGCAUGGAACACAUUGUGCCUCCAUAGCCGCAGGAGAAGCAGUGAAGAAGGCAAGUUUACUAGGACUAGGCCAUGGAACUGCUAGAGGUGGUGUACCAUCAGCUAGAAUUGCAGUUUACAAAAUAUGUUGGGCAGAUGAAAAUUGCUGGGGAGCUGAUAUCUUGGCAGCAUUUGAUGCGGCUAUAUCUGAUGGUGUCGACAUCAUAUCUCUUUCUGUUGGAGGCGAUGCUUUACCAUUCUUUCAGGAUGCAACUGCUAUUGGAGCCUUUUAUGCAAUGAAAUAUGGAAUUUUGACCUCCAGUGCAGCUGGAAAUGAAGGUCCAGGCCUUUAUACAGUUGGAAACUAUGCGCCGUGGUUACUCUCGGUUGGAGCUAGUACUAUGGACCGUAAAUUUACUACACAACUGCAACUUGGUAAUGGCAUGUCUCUUGAGGGAGUUUCACUUAAUACAUUUGAUGAUAAGAGUUUCCCCCUAAUAUAUGGAGGCGAUGCCGCAAACACAUCAUCUGAAAAUUCAUCAUAUGCCCGGUAUUGCUAUCCAGAUUCAUUAGAUAGAACAUUGGUAAAAGACAAGAUUGUGUUAUGUGAUUAUUUUAGAGAUGGGGAGGAGCCCUUUCUUGCUGGUGCAGCUGGGAUGAUAAUACAUGAUAUUUUACCCCUAGAUGACCCGUCUUCCUUCCCUCUCCCUGCAUCUGAUCUUCGUGUUGAUGAUGCUGAACGUGUUCUCUCCUAUACUAGAAACUUAGCAAGUACGCCAAUUGGAACAAUCAAAAGAAGCGUUCAAGUAAAGGAUACAUCAGCCCCUAAAACAGUCUCAUUUUCUUCAAGGGGUCCUAGUCUAUUCUCUCCAGGAAUCCUUAAACCAGAUUUGACUGCACCUGGAGUAAACAUACUGGCGGCAUAUUCACCGAUUGCACCUGUUUCCAGUGUUAAGAGUGAUCAAAGGUCCGUCCCAUAUAAUAUGGUGUCUGGAACUUCCAUGGCGUGCCCACAUGCCACAGCAGUAGCUGCUUAUGUUAAAUCAUUUCACCCUACUUGGUCCGAAGCUGCUAUCAAAUCUGCUCUCAUGACCACUGCCAUACCAAUGAGUAGUGCUAAAAACGACGAAGCUGAAUUAGCCUAUGGUUCAGGCCAUAUCAAUCCAUUAAAGGCUAAAGACCCUGGACUUGUGUACGACAUUGACGUAGGCGACUACGUGAAAUUCUUGUGCAGUCAAGGCUAUGAUGAGAUUACAAUCGGAUACAUCACAGGAGAAACUAGUUGUUGCCAAGGAAAUGGUACAAAUUGGGAUCUUAAUUACCCUUCUAUUGCACUCCCUACAAGUUUAGGCCCCUUCGAAACCGUGUUUACCAGGACAGUAACAAAUGUUGGUUCACCAUACUCAACUUACAAAGCUAUAGUAACAAUGCCUAAAGAUCAGGCAAUUGUAAUCAAAGUGCACCCAUCAGUUUUGUCAUUUAAAUAUGUAGGGCAGAAAUUGUCCUACACUGUGAGAGUUUAUGGGACUAUUGGUAGGAGAGCUUUGAUGUCUGCUUCUUUGGUGUGGGAUGAUGGUCAACAUCAAGUUAGAAGCCCUAUUGUUGUGUUCAAUUUGUCUUAACAUGGAAAAGAUUUUUGAAUUCUAUUCAUGUACAAAUUAUUUAUGGAAGAGUCCUUGAAUUACAUUAUUUUUUUAUGUAAACAAAAAGUUCAUGUGAAAUAUUGGAUAUUUGGACUCC